GCGGGGCGCAUGCGCGCGCGUCUCCUCUCGCCGGCCGCUGCGCUCGGCGGCGCGGAAUAGAAUGAACUGUAACAAAACAAGCCGAGCCUUUGUAUCUGCUUAAAGGGGCCGCAGGCGCUUCCCUCCUGGGCCCCCCCCACCCCCGCUCUGCAACCGCGUCUCCAGGGCUCCCAGCAACUGGCUGCAAGGGCUGCCCUCACCCUCAGGAACAGCCCGCCAGCGAGGACAGGCGAGCCAGGCGGGAGGCGGAGAGGAGACACCGCAUUUCCAAGAGGCAAGAAAGGAAGGAAGGGAGGAGGAAAGAAAAAAAAAAAAAAAAAAAGGGAAAAAGAAAAAAAAAAAAAAACAACACCCAAGCGGCGCAGAGUGGACUCUGGUCCCGGGGAGAACGUUCGGGCGCCGGAGCGUGGACCGAGGAGCCCCGGAAUGCAAACAAAGCUCGCGGGCGCCUGUGCAGGGCUCGCGGGGGAGCCCAGAAAGUUUGUUUUAUGAUGGCUUGAGUGCGCGAGUGUGUGCAGGGGAGCGAGGCUGCCAAGUUUCUCUCUCCCGUGGCGUUAUUUUGGGGGAGAUGUCUCUCCCAUGAACCAGCGGGGGCCUGGGGGCUUGUGCGGUGGGGGGCACCUGUCUCUCAUUGCAUUAUUAUUAUUUGUGUGUGUGUGUGUUGGGGGGUGGUGGUGGUGGUAAGGAGAGGUGUAACCCAUCAUGUCGAGGGUGAUCCAGAAGAAGAACCACUGGACUAGCAAGAUUCACGAAUGCACCGUGAGGCGGGGACCCCAGGGUGAGCUGGGGGUGACGGUGCUGGGGGGCGCGGAGAAUGGGGAGUUUCCGUACGUCGGAGCGGUGGCCGAAGCUCCGAAGGGGCUUCCCGGCGGCGGCGAGGGCCCUCGGCUGGGCGAGGGGGAGCUGCUCCUGGAGGUGCAGGGGAUCCGGGUGUCCGGCUUGCCCCGCUACGACGUGCUGGGAGUCAUCGACAGCUGCAAGGAGGCCGUCACCUUCAAAGCCGUCAGACAAGGAGGAAAGCUGAACAAGGAUCUGCGACAUUUUCUCAAUCAGCGAUUCCAGAAAGGGUCUCCUGAUCAUGAGCUCCAGCAGACCAUAAGGGAUAACCUUUACCGCCAUGCUGUGCCUUGCACAACCCGAUCUCCCAGAGAAGGAGAAGUACCUGGCGUGGACUAUAACUUUCUGACUGUGAAGGAGUUCUUGGACCUCGAGCAGAGCGGGACCCUUCUGGAAGUCGGCACCUAUGAAGGAAACUAUUAUGGGACACCCAAACCUCCUAGCCAGCCAGUCAGUGGGAAAGUGAUCACAACGGAUGCCUUGCAAAGCCUUCAGUCUGGCUCCAAGCAGUCGACCCCAAAGCGAACCAAAUCCUACAAUGAUAUGCAAAAUGCUGGCAUAGUCCAUGCGGAGAAUGAGGAGGAGGAUGACGUUCCUGAAAUGAACAGUAGCUUUACAGCCGAUUCUGGUGACCAAGAAGAACACACUCUCCAAGAAGCAGCACUACCGCCUGUGAAUAGUAGCAUCGUCGCUGCUCCCAUCACGGACGCUUCUCAGAAGUUCCCUCAAUACCUACCUCUUUGUGCAGAGGAUAAUUUAGGUCCUCUACCUGAGAACUGGGAGAUGGCCUACACCGAAAAUGGAGAAGUCUAUUUUAUAGACCAUAAUACAAAAACAACAUCUUGGUUAGACCCUCGGUGCCUGAACAAGCAGCAGAAGCCUCUGGAAGAGUGUGAAGAUGAUGAAGGGGUCCACACCGAGGAGCUGGACAGUGAACUAGAACUGCCUGCUGGUUGGGAAAAGAUUGAAGACCCUGUCUAUGGUAUCUACUAUGUAGACCACAUCAACCGGAAGACACAAUAUGAGAACCCAGUUCUAGAAGCCAAACGGAAGAAACAGCUUGAGCAGCAGCAGCAGCCCCAGCAGCAGCAGCAGCAGCAGCAACAGCAGCAGCAGCCACCAGAAGAAUGGACAGAAGAUCAUUCAUCGCUUGUGCCUCCUGUUAUUCCAAACCACCCUCCAAGCAAUCCGGAGCCAGCCAGAGAAGCUCCACUUCAGGGCAAACCCUUUUUUACACGAAAUCCUUCUGAGUUGAAGGGCAAGUUCAUUCACACAAAGCUGCGGAAGAGCAGUCGUGGCUUUGGCUUCACUGUUGUUGGAGGGGAUGAACCGGACGAGUUUCUGCAGAUCAAGAGCUUGGUCUUGGAUGGUCCUGCCGCACUGGAUGGCAAGAUGGAGACAGGAGAUGUCAUUGUCAGCGUGAACGACACCUGUGUUUUGGGACACACGCAUGCACAAGUUGUGAAAAUCUUUCAGUCCAUUCCCAUUGGUGCCAGCGUGGACCUUGAACUCUGCCGGGGUUACCCAUUGCCUUUUGACCCAGAUGACCCCAAUACGAGUUUAGUGACCUCGGUGGCCAUUUUGGAUAAAGAACCAAUUAUUGUGAAUGGGCAAGAGACCUAUGAUUCGCCAGCUAGUCACAGCAGUAAAACAGGCAAAGUCAAUGGCAUGAAGGAUGCCAGGCCAAGCAGCCCUGCUGACGUGGCUUCAAACGGUUCCCAUGGUUACCCCAAUGACACUGUCUCUUUGGCUUCCUCCAUAGCCACUCAGCCGGAACUCAUAACUGUUCAUAUAGUCAAAGGGCCAAUGGGCUUUGGGUUUACUAUUGCAGACAGUCCCGGUGGCGGCGGCCAAAGAGUGAAACAGAUUGUGGACAGUCCAAGGUGCCGUGGCCUGAAAGAAGGGGAUCUUAUAGUGGAAGUUAAUAAAAAGAACGUGCAGGCUCUGACCCACAACCAAGUUGUGGAUAUGCUGAUCGAAUGUCCAAAGGGAAGUGAGGUGACAUUGUUGGUGCAACGAGGAGGGUUGCCAGUUCCCAAGAAGAGCCCAAAGUCGCAACCACUGGAAAGAAAAGACAGCCAGAAUAGUUCUCAGCACAGCGUUUCCAGCCACCGGAGCCUGCACACGGCCUCCCCAAGCCACAGCACACAGGUGCUCCCCGAGUACCCACCUGCAGAGGCCCCAGCUCCAGAUCAAACCGACAGCUCUGGGCAGAAAAAACCAGAUCCUUUUAAAAUCUGGGCCCAGUCCAGGAGCAUGUAUGAAAACCGACCUAUGUCACCUUCGCCUGCAUCGGGAUUGAGCAAGGGAGAGAGAGAAAGAGAGAUCAAUUCUACGAGUUUUGGAGAAUGUCAGAUUCCAGACUGCCAAGAACAGGACAUCUUCCUCUGGAGAAAAGAGACUGGAUUUGGAUUUAGGAUUCUGGGUGGAAAUGAACCAGGAGAACCUAUUUAUAUCGGUCACAUCGUACCGCUGGGUGCUGCUGAUACGGACGGCCGCCUGAGGUCUGGGGAUGAAUUAAUCUGUGUGGAUGGGACACCAGUAAUUGGAAAAUCACACCAGCUGGUGGUCCAGCUUAUGCAACAAGCUGCCAAGCAAGGCCACGUCAACCUCACAGUGCGGCGUAAAGUGGUGUUUGCAGCCCCCAAAGCGGAGAACGAGGUGCCGUCGCCGGCCUCCUCCCAUCACAGCAGCAACCAGCCGGCGUCGCUGACGGAGGAGAAGCGCACCCCGCAGGGCAGCCAGAACUCGCUGAACACGGUGAGCUCUGGCAGCGGCAGCACCAGCGGCAUCGGCAGCGGCGGCGGCGGCGGCAGCGGCGUGGUGAGCGCGGCCGUGCAGCCCUACGACGUGGAGAUCCGGCGCGGCGAGAACGAGGGCUUCGGCUUCGUCAUCGUGUCCUCGGUGAGCAGGCCCGAGGCCGGCACGACCUUCGGCAAUGCAUGUGUGGCUAUGCCUCACAAAAUAGGUCGGAUUAUUGAGGGGAGUCCUGCUGACCGAUGUGGCAAGCUGAAAGUGGGAGAUCGGAUCCUGGCAGUGAAUGGAUGUUCCAUCACCAACAAGUCCCAUUCAGACAUUGUCAACCUAAUCAAGGAAGCGGGAAACACAGUUACCCUCCGCAUCAUUCCUGGGGAUGAGUCUUCAAAUGCCACUCUGCUGACCAAUGCAGAGAAGAUUGCCACCAUCACCACCACACACACCCCUUCUCAGCAAGGGACCCAGGAGACCAGGAAUACCACCAAACCAAAGCCGGAAUCUCAGUUUGAGUUCAAAGCACCCCAGGCAGCACAGGAGCAAGAUUUUUAUACUGUGGAACUGGAAAGAGGAGCCAAGGGAUUUGGCUUUAGUCUUCGAGGAGGCCGAGAAUAUAACAUGGACCUCUAUGUUCUGCGCUUAGCAGAGGAUGGUCCAGCAGAAAGAUGUGGAAAGAUGAGGAUUGGUGAUGAAAUUUUAGAGAUCAAUGGUGAGACCACCAAAAACAUGAAGCAUUCCCGGGCUAUAGAACUAAUUAAGAAUGGUGGCCGCAGGGUGCGUCUGUUUCUGAAGCGGGGAGACGGCUCGGUACCAGAAUAUGCGAUGAUACCUCCUAAUAUCGCUGCAUGUAUGAGAAAUGAAAAGCUCGGGGAGGCUUGCUUCUACCUUAUGGGCCAUAAUCAAACUACGACCCCAGCAGCGACCGGCACGGCCCCGCCGCCGCCGCCGGGCCCCAAGGUGUUCCGGAAGUGAGGGCCGCGCCCCCGGACCGCCGACCGCAUCCGUCAUUGGAGUCCAGUUACCCACCCGACCUUCACCAAUCAUCGCAGCAUGGGGAAAAGCGGGCACACGGGAGAGACCCAAAAGGCAGCAGCAGAGAGUCCAGCA